AAAUGGUAGCCUAAUAUUAACCCUGGAUCUACCACUUACAUCAAAAUCGCAUCUCAGAUCUAAAAUCUUCAUCCGCCAUCUGCCUCGAUCGUCUCAUCGCCACAACACCUACCGCCACCACGCCGUUGGCCUCACAACCUCCACCGUGACGACGAUCUGCCGAUGCGCACCACACCGUGACAACUUCGACACAGCCACCGCCUCCAGCGCUGAUCUGCCGACGCCACUACUGCUACCACCGCCAUAGCCGACGUCUCUGCCCCUGUUUCAGACACCCACGACCGCCGCUCCAAGAAGAAAGAAGAAGAAAGAAGAAGAAAGCUCAGAGCACAAGACCACUUGCAGAUGGUGGCGUUGGUUGCGGCUUCAUCAUCAACCUCCGGAUUGACGGAGAGGAGAGGAAUUUCGGCGGCGGUGUUCGUGAAGAACUGUUCAGAUGAGCUAACUCCUAAUCUUCCAAUUAAAAAGGAUAUUGAGUUCAUGGAGAAGAGGAUUGAGGACCUUGAGAAGAGCAUGAAGGGGAGCAAUGAAUCCGAAGAGAUGCAGAAGAAAACUGGCUACAUUGUUCUCAGGGCUGAGGGAAUCUUUGAUGUGGAUGCUAAUACAUCCAUUGAUCAGCUAUCUGAUGAACUCGAGAUUAAAAUGCUCGAGGAUCAUCAAUACGAAACAGUUUCUAGUUUUGUUUGUGAAGCAUUUGGUUACAUACCUAGGACGGGUGAGAGCAUAAAAGUGAUACUUGUUAGAACAGUUCACUCAAGCAGAGCAUAAUUGAUGUGCGGGCUGUAACAUGAGUUCAGUUAUGGAGAUCAGACAACACCAGGCAGUCCAGAUGAGAUGAUAUGUUUCUCAAUGAUUUAUAUUAAACCCCUGCUUAACACCUUAUGCCAAAACAAAGUCCAAGAUCUGGGAGGCAGAGCCGAGUCAAAUGACAAGGAACUCAAGAGGAUUAAGCAGGAGAUGGUGAGUGGACUUAGUUCCUAAUUACUUUCUAUUUUUGACUUUGUUAAUUGACAAAUGUGGUAGAUGAGUACAUGUAAGAAAAAUUUCAUGGGCUAUGGUUUCUAGA